GGGAUCCAUGCUGGAGGGUCCUACCCGCGCCACCUGUAUAGGAGGCAUGUGGAGCCCUGAUAUCAAACCAAGGUGUGUCAUGGACCAGCACCCCAACUUACCUCAGUUUCCAUGGUUACCACCUGCUACCAUAUGGAGGAAAUACUACAGACGUUUCAGAAGAUUUGCUGAAUCAGAAGAUACCAAAGGGUUCAGUUUAGUUCCUUGGAUUACAGAAGACAAAAUACCCAGUAAUUUGUCAUGGAAAAAAGAAGACAGGAAUAACUUUAAUAGUAACACUAUAUCCAGUUAUGUUUUAGAAAAGAGAAGUGACAUACCAAAGAACAUAUCUUUACACUUGCUUCAAGGAAAAAUGAGAAUUAUGAAAAAUGGUUCAAUCUAUCUAGAAGAAAACUCCAGUAUACAAUUUGACUGCACUAUCUAUAAACAUAAUACAAUAAAUACAGAAGCAGAAUUAUACUGGCAAACCCCUGGGGGAGUUUAUACAUCAGCAAACUUAUCUGAGUCACUCAAUAUCAAAGGUGCUACUGAUAUAACAAAAGUAAAACUAUCUAACUCAAUAUCAGAGGAUGGCUUAAAACCCAGGGUGAAAUCACCUGGAUUCACUCUGCUCAGAUUGACUUUUAAACAUGUCCAGAAAAAUAACUCUGGAAUCUACAGCUGUGUCCAUCAAUCCUCCACAAGUCAGAUGGACCACAUGGCAGUUACUGUAAUAGUCACUUCCAGUAACUUAGAUACCGGCCAAACUGAUUUAAUUGAAGAAAAAAGACGAAGAUUAUUUUGCAAGAUCCCCAAGUUAUCCAAACAUCUGAAGAUAAAAGGCUCUAGCUAUAGACACCUAUAUAAAAGACAUGUGCUCACUGGCACAACAGUGACCUUCUGGUGUAAGCAUGGCCGUGUCCUGAGAGGAGGGACCAGUGCCAGGUGCCUGACAACUGGACAUUGGUCAAGGGAGUUUCCAGUCUGCAUGACUGCCUCUUGAUGAAGACUGGCCAGCAUGAUGACAAGAUGAGAACUUGAUAGUCAUGACGACUUAUAUGAAGAUCUUGAUAGUCAUUAGGAGUCUUGUGGGGAAGUUGGCAGCCAUGAGGACUUGUAUGGAGAAUUUAAUUGAGAGACUAUAACAAGUCAUGAGGAGUUGUACAGAGAACUUGAUAAUCAUGAGGACUCUUAUGAAGAAGUUGAUAGUCAUGCUUGAGGACUCAUAUGGAGAACCUGAAUGAUAAAGUUGUGAAAACUUGCACGAUAGUCAUUUGAUCUUGUAUGGAGAACUUGAUAGUCAUGAGGACUCAGAGGGAAAACUUCACUGAUAGUCAUGAAGACUUGUGGAGAGAACUUGAUAGUCAUGAGGACUCAGAUGGAAAACUUCAUUGAUAGUCACAAAGACUUGUGGAGAGAGCUUGAUUGUCAUGAGAAUUUGUGUGGAGAAUUUUAUAGUCACAAAGUUUCAUAUGGAGAACUUGAUUGAUAGUCAUGAAGACUCAUGGAAAACUUUAUAGUUAUGAGGACUUCAUGGAGAACUUGACAGUCAUGAGGAAUUGUACGGAGACCCAAUGGAACAAGUGUAAGACUGUGAUGAAUACUGAAAACUUAGAUUUCAGAUAAGAAAAACUUGUAUUAAUUCAGAACUGGACAGUGGCAAUUAUCACAGUCAUAAAAGACGUGCAGAAUUGUUGGAUUGCAAUCUAGAUGUGUUGAAUAAAACGUCAGGAAAUGGAUAUAA